AAAUCUUUGUCACGAGUGAACUCAGACAAGGAAGAACUUGGUUAAGUGGAGACAUCGUAGUGAACGUUGUCGUGUUCAUGGAGCGCGGGGGAGAGGCUGUCGUUGGCUCCCUUAGGAACAGGGAGUUCAUUCGGAGCAUCAUGGCGUCUGGGAGCACUGCCGCCAGCGAGGAGGAGCGCAGCCUCCGCGAGUGUGAGCUCUAUGUGCAGAAGCACAACAUCCAGGCCCUGCUCAAGGACUCGAUCGUGCAGCUGUGCACGGCCCGGCCCGAGAGGCCCAUGGCCUUCCUCAGGGAGUACUUCGAGAGGCUGGAGAAGGAGGAGGCCAAGCAGAUUCAGAAUCUGCAGAAAGCCGGCACCCGCACAGACUCCAGGGAAGAUGAAAUCUCUCCUCCUCCCCCCAACCCGGUGGUGAAGGGGCGGCGGCGGCGGGGGGCCAUCAGCGCUGAAGUCUACACGGAGGAGGACGCAGCGUCGUACGUCAGAAAGGUUAUACCGAAAGAUUAUAAGACAAUGGCUGCUUUGGCCAAAGCCAUCGAAAAGAAUGUGCUCUUCUCGCAUCUGGAUGACAACGAGAGAAGUGAUAUUUUUGAUGCCAUGUUUCCAGUCUCCUUUAUUGCUGGAGAGACUGUCAUCCAGCAAGGUGAUGAAGGGGAUAACUUCUAUGUGAUUGAUCAAGGAGAGAUGGAUGUCUAUGUCAACAACGAAUGGGCAACCAGUGUUGGGGAAGGAGGGAGCUUUGGGGAACUCGCUUUGAUUUAUGGGACACCUAGAGCAGCCACCGUCAAAGCCAAGACUAACGUGAAGUUGUGGGGCAUUGACCGGGACAGCUAUAGGAGGAUCCUGAUGGGAAGUACACUGAGAAAGCGGAAGAUGUAUGAAGAGUUCCUUAGCAAAGUAUCCAUUUUAGAAUCCCUGGACAAAUGGGAACGUCUCACUGUAGCUGAUGCCCUGGAGCCUGUCCAGUUUGAAGAUGGGGAGAAGAUCGUAGUGCAGGGAGAACCGGGAGAUGAGUUCUUCAUUAUCUUAGAAGGGUCAGCUGCCGUGCUACAGCGCCGGUCAGAAAAUGAAGAAUUUGUUGAAGUGGGAAGAUUGGGGCCUUCUGACUAUUUUGGUGAAAUCGCACUUCUCAUGAAUCGUCCUCGCGCUGCCACCGUGGUCGCCCGUGGGCCCUUGAAGUGUGUGAAGCUGGACCGACCGAGGUUUGAACGUGUUCUCGGCCCAUGCUCAGAUAUCCUCAAGCGAAACAUCCAGCAGUACAACAGUUUUGUGUCACUGUCUGUCUGAGAUUUGCCUCCUGUCCCCCCCUUCUCCUCCCCAAGCCGAGCUUUCUCUUGCAGACUGCUUUCUCCCUGUUGGCAGCGCCAAGUGGCCACUGGCAUUGCAGCUUCUUGUCUCUUUAUAUUAAAGUUGCUGUUACCGCACCAUUUUUCAUUUGGGGCAUUACCUGAAUGCUCAGAUACAAAUAAAUAGAAAGACUUCUCUUGGA